AUGGCGUACAGAGCUGCCAUUCUGGGUCACAAAGAUUACUUUAAGGGCAAAACGGUCCUGGAUGUGGGUGCUGGGACCGGCAUUCUGUCGGUGUUCUGUGCACAAGCUGGCGCGAAGAAAGUAUAUGCAGUUGAGGCGAGUGCCAUCGCACGACAGGCGCAGAAGAUCGUCACAGCCAACGGAUUCGCAGAUGUCAUUGAAGUGCUCAACGAUAAGUUGGAGAAUAUUGAACUGCCGCAGAAAGUGGAUAUCAUUGUGUCUGAGUGGAUGGGCUACUUUCUGCUCUAUGAGUCAAUGUUUGAGAGCGUCAUCUACGCACGCGACAACUGGCUGGUUGAGGGUGGACUGAUGAUGCCUAGUAGAGCUACGCUGUACCUCGCCGCCAUCAGUGACGAGCAGUUUGUGAAGGACCGAGUGACCUUCUGGUCGGAUGCGUCUGCGUUGUAUGGAUUGGAUCUCACGUCAAUGCAGGACAUGGCACGCGAGUCUACACUUAAGGAUGUGCACGUGGAAUGGCUUGAGCCGGAAAGCGUCAUAGCCCGCCCGAAGAAGAUCAAGACCAUUGACUGUUACACCGUCACAGUAGACACUCUGCGACAGACGGUGACGUCGUUUACGCUGACGAGUAUGAUCAGAGGCUCGUUCACUGGCUUUGGCGCGUGGUUUGACGUCGACUUCCAGCGCCCGCGCAAUUACAUCGACCCGUUUUGGAAAACACUCAAACUCACCACAUCACCCGACUACAAACCAACCCACUGGAAGCAGCGCACCUUUGGACGUGUGUAG